ACGCAGACCCUAGCAACAGCGCAGGCUCGGGCCGAGUCCGUUAUGGCCGCUGCCGCCCUGGGCAGGAUGAGCGGGGCUGCGCGAGAGAAGCUGCUUCCCGGGCCGGGUGCCCGGGGCCUCGGCGUGCUGGCGCGGUCGCUGGUGCUGGCGUUGCUGCUCGCGCCGGUCUUGUGCUCUGAUACUCCAGAGAACACUCCACACAACCCCACUAUAUCUCCUCCAGCUGUGUUGACAGCUGGAAACAACACCGAACCUUCUAUUUCUCAGCUCAGCACCACUGUUCCUCCCCUAGCCAGUACAGAGAAAAAUGGAGGUACCUCUGUGGCACCCACCCCCUCUGCUUCUCCUUCUGUGUCCCAGGACGAGGCUGAUAGCAAUGAAGAUCCCAGCAUGGAGGAGGAGGAUCUACUGGCCCUCAACAGUUCCCCAUCCACAGUCAAAGACACUCUGGACAAUAGUGACUACGGAGAGCCUGACUAUGACUGGACCACCAACCCCCGGGAUGAGGAGCCUGAUGAUAAUCUGAACAUAGAGCUGAGCAAAGCGGACAGGCGCUUUCGGCUCUUCGAGGACUCGGUGAAGGUGGUGAAGCUCCCGCCCCCAAACCGAGAGGACAGCCAUUUCUUCUUUCACCUCCUCAUCUUCGCUUCCUGUGCAGCUGUCGUGUAUGUUGCCUAUCACAACAAAAGGAAGAUUUUCCUCCUAGUUCAAAGCAGGAAGUGGCGUGAUGGUCUGUGUUCCAAAACAGUGGAGUACCAUCGUCUGGACCAGAAUGUGAAUGAGGCCAUGCCUUCCCUGAAGAUCACCAAUGAUUAUAUUUUCUAAAGCACUGUGACUGGGGUUUGCUUCUUCUUCUGUCAUUGUAUUUGCUUGACUUUUAUAUGAUGUCGUGCAGAACUCUGCCACAGGCAAGUGGUACUUCACUAAGAGGGGCACUCUCUUUUGCCUUGGUGCUUUGGGAACUAUUGUCACAAAUAAGGAGUAUCUAAUUUUUUAAUCUGUUCUUUAGAGCUAGAUUCAAUCAGGUAUCUGAAAUGUGAGUUCCAUGUUACUGUAUAUUUUGUGGAGUUGUUAUUUUUUCCCUUUCUUGUGCCUCUGGCAGCAGUGUCCUCUUUGAAAGACCCCAGAGCAGAGCUGCAGUCUCCCGGGCCCAGCACUGCCUCUUCAUCACUCGCUGCCAUCCCAAUGCCGUUUUUUCCUCUUUCCUUUAUUCUGUUUCUGAUUUUUGAGAUAGGGUCUCAC